GUCUGGAAACAGUCACAGCAGCAGCAGCAACAUAACAGUGACAGGCGACAGUGUCGGCGAACGAGACCGUUUAUCGCGUGUACAUAUUAUAUAGUGUCAUAGUGUCGUGUUGAUAACGUGCGAGGCGUAUCGUGAAAAGUGUCGUAUCGAUUUUUAUAUUAAUAUAGUAAUACAAAAGUGGUGUUGCCGCGUCGGCCGGUGUGCGGUGCGCGUCUCGACGACAACGACAACGACGACGACAGUGCGUGGCGCGCGUACAGGCUGCGGGAAAUGCACCAACGCGGCGACGUUCAAGCGGACGACGGUCACGACGAGCCGGCCACCAUCGCGGGGUGGUGCGCGUAGCGGCCGAAUCGCGGCGGCGAGCAGCACGUCGUGCCGGGCCGCAACAGUCCAUGCGUGAUAACGUGCGACCCGCACGCGGCCGCAAUGAUGGACCAGAAAUGUGACGGCGGCGGCGGUGGUGUCGCUGCUGCCACCGCCGGUGUCGGUGGCGGCGGCGUCGGCGGCCUCAUGUCGUACAACCGUGGCCGUGGUGGCACCGAGGUCAUCAUCAAACCCCGUAGUCCCGCUGUGGUGCAGGUGGCCACCGGUGGCGGUUACCACGGCCUUCCGACGGCCUCCGACGCUGUCAUCGUGCGCAGCCCGCCGGGCGGCCACUUACCCGGGCCGCAGCAACAAGCGCCACCGUCCCGCAACGGUUGUUCCACCCUGUUCAGCGACAUCGCUGGCGUCAAGCGGCUCAGGCCCGACGAUUGGUUGGCCGUCAACUCGCCGCCAGCUUCGUCACCCGGCACGUCGCACAUAUCCUACACCGUCAUAUCCAACGGCGGCAGUGGCGGUGGCGGUGGCGGCGGUGGUUACAGCACGUCUCCAAUGUCGACCAACAGCUACGACCCGUAUAGUCCGAUGAGUGGCAAAAUCGUCAAAGAGGAGUUGUCUCCGCCGAACAGCCUGUCGGGAGUCAGCAGCCACUCAGAUGGGUUGAAGAAAAAGAAACUCAAUCACGCGCCCUCGACCGGCGCCGUAAACACCACGGCAUCGGGCCCUGGUGGUGGUGGCGUGGGCGGCAAUGUGUUGAAUAACCGACCUCCCGAAGAACUGUGCCUGGUGUGCGGUGACCGAUCGUCCGGUUACCAUUACAACGCUCUCACGUGCGAGGGAUGCAAAGGGUUUUUCCGGAGAAGUAUCACCAAGAACGCUGUGUACCAGUGCAAGUACGGCAACAACUGCGAAAUCGACAUGUACAUGAGGCGGAAGUGCCAGGAGUGCCGGCUGAAAAAAUGCCUGACCGUUGGCAUGAGGCCCGAAUGUGUUGUACCAGAAGUUCAAUGCGCCGUAAAAAGAAAGGAGAAAAAAGCUCAACGAGAAAAAGAUAAACCAAAUUCUACUACAGAUAUUACUCCUGAAAUCAUAAAAAUAGAACCUACAGAGAUGAAGAUUGAAUGCGGUGAACCAAUGAUAAUGGGCACACCUAUGCCGACUGUACCUUAUGUAAAACCGUUGAGUUCUGAACAAAAAGAACUGAUUCAUCGACUUGUCUAUUUCCAGGAUCAAUAUGAAGCACCUAGUGAAAAAGACAUGAAGCGUUUAACAAUAAAUAAUCAAAAUAUGGAUGAAUACGAUGAAGAAAAACAAAGUGAUACAACGUAUCGAAUCAUCACUGAGAUGACAAUACUUACAGUUCAACUGAUUGUUGAGUUUGCCAAACGAUUACCAGGUUUUGAUAAACUUGUAAGAGAAGAUCAGAUCACUUUACUUAAGGCUUGCUCAAGUGAAGCUAUGAUGUUCAGGGUAGCUAGGAAAUAUGACAUCACCACUGACUCGAUAGUGUUUGCUAACAACCAGCCGUUCUCAGCAGAUUCUUAUAACAAAGCUGGGUUGGGAGAUGCCAUUGAAAACCAACUGUCGUUCAGUCGGUUUAUGUACAACAUGAAGGUAGAUAAUGCAGAAUAUGCUUUAUUGACUGCCAUCGUCAUAUUUUCAAGUAGGCCAAAUUUACUAGAUGGUUGGAAAGUGGAAAAAAUUCAAGAGAUCUACUUAGAGUCCUUAAAAGCCUAUGUAGAUAAUCGAGACCGCGACACAGCAACAGUCAGAUAUGCGCGACUUCUCUCAGUACUUACUGAGUUGCGCACAUUGGGCAAUGAAAAUUCAGAGCUAUGUAUGACACUGAAACUGAAAAACCGAGUAGUACCCCCAUUCUUGGCCGAAAUAUGGGAUGUCAUGCCAUAGUAAAUUGCUUCAGCUAGUUACCUUGUACCUGGUCACACCAUUUGUGUUGCUUGGUAUUAUUUUGAAGACUGUCAAUAUUUUUUGUUAGUUCAGACCCCUGACAACCACUUGGCAAAUAUGUGUAGCUCUGAACAUCAAUUUGACUAUAUUUUGUUCUACUUCUUGGAUGACUAUUUAAAAUACAGUUUACUAAUUUUAAUAAAAAUGACAUAUUGAAAAUUAACUAUCUAUCUAACAUGUCAGGUAAAAUAUUAGUUUACGUGUUGUCUUAAAUGCGCUUAAAAAUAGCUAAAUAUAUAAAGUUUGAAACUGUAGGUAAAUUAGGAGUUGUUUUUAAACACAAGGUGUAUAGAAAAAUGUUAGCACUCUUAGAUUUUGUAUUAUUAUGUUUGAAUUCACUCCUAAAUCAAGACAUAGUACUGUUAAGCAGAAUUUGUUUUUAACUAAGAAUUUUUAACUAUGAGGGUGCUAUAUUGUUUCUCUGUUAUCCUCGUGUGGUUUUUGAGACUGUAUGUUUUGUACCUGCGUGUUGGAUUUUUUCUUUUUAAAAUUAUUUAUAUAUAUAUAUGUAUAAAUAUAUUAUAUAUGUUUAUCAAUAAGCCAAUUAAUUUUAUUAUAACAAAUUUAUAUAAAUAUAUUUUUUUUUUAUAUGAAAUGUAUGAAACAUCAUUUCUAUUCGCGAAACUGUGAUAUUAGUUUAUAAUAAAUUGUAUAUGAUAAAAAAUAUAUUGUGUAUACUAACAUCUAUUAGUUAAUAAUCAUAGGACGUUUGAUGUAAACGUGUACAAACAUAGGUUCAGGGCUUUAGGUAAAUGUGGCACUCUUUUAUGUACAUAAUUAUAAUAUUAUUAUUUUUUUAUUACUUAUUAUUGUUAUGCUUUCAAAACCUAAAUAAGCAAUUCUGUUAAUGGAAAGUAUUUUAUUGCAAGUGUAUUUAAUUACAAAAUAUUAGAAACAGUUUUGAUUAGAUGAAAUUUUAUAUAUUUUAAGUACAAAAACAAAAUUACAAAUAGGAAAUUAAAAUAGCUAUUAUUAAUGUGUGUUUGUGUGUGUAUUGAGAUGAAGACUGUAAACAUCAACGUUUAGAUAUUUAUAUUAUUUUAUUAUUAUUAAUAUUUUAGACCAAUUGUCUUCUAAUUGCUUUACUGAUUUCUUUUCUAAUGAUCAAUAACUUUUAGGCCGGUUAUCGUUUUCCUUUUUAUUUAUUAUUUUUGUUUUCAUUUAACAUUAAUUCAGAACAUUUUUGGUAUGGUUCAACAGCUUUAAAGAUAGCUUUUAAAAUAAAAUUUUAGUAUGAUAAAUACUUAUAAAUUUUCCUUUAUCCUCAUAACCAUAAUUAUAUUCUUUUUUUUAUGUUGUUUUUUGUUAUUGUAAUUAAAACCAAAUUGAUGUAUCCUACCAGUGCAAUAGUUAUCAAGUUUAUUAAAUGUUGUCCAUAGUUUUGUUUUCACAGAAAAUAAAUUAUCUGGUGGUAUAUAAUUAUAUAUUAAUAAAAUACCAAUUUUUCUUGGGUCAUAAGUGUAAUUGUUUGUUUUUAAGUAGAUGAAAUAAUUAUAAUAUUUGUAAAUUAGAGUGUACUGGGUGUUAUUUUCAAUUAUUAUUAUUAUUAUCUACUAAAUAACAGUUACUUAUCACAAGUUUUAGUUUGAAUUUAAGAAUAGAUAAUUUUUGGCUUUUAUUUUCUUCCUCCAUCUACAUGUAUUUAUGUAUCAUAUUUUUUGUUGUUGUUUUAAAAAAAAAAUACAUUUGAGUACACUCUAAAACAAUGUCUACUAGUUGAAGAUACCCACUGUUAUAUUUCCUUAAUAUUGUAAUUUAUUUAAAAAACACGAAGAAAUUAGUUUACUGAGAUGAAUAGUUAAUAUGUUUAAAAAGCUCUUUACCAACCGAUUCAAUUGGAAAUUCCUACCUGAUAUUAUGAUAUUUUUAAGAGAUAAAUAGUUUAUAUAAUUUGUAGAUGAAAUGAUGUUUUUUACAUUCUAUUUAUUUGAGUUGAUAUCUUUAGUAAAAACAAUUUCAUUCAUAAACGCAGAAAAAAACCGCCACUUGUCAGUUUUAAUACAAUUAUAUAUUUAUAAUGUUAUGUACAUUUUUAUGAUUACUUUUGUGCAAAUGUUAAUUCUUAGGAAAUUGAGUGUAAUUUUAAUAUUUUUUUUUUGUAAAAAAAUUUUUUUUUUAAAUACCAUUGAAAAAUGAUCUUGUUCUUUUUUAUAGAUAUAAGAAUGUGUAUUGUCAUAAAAAUAUUAUUUUGACUAUAGAAAAUAUAAGAAUCCAAUGUUAAUUAUGUGUUACGUACAACAGCCUCACGUUUGUUUUUAAAAAUCUCCGGUAUUAUAUUUUUGAUAAAAUAACAAUGAAUUCAAAUUGUACUUCAUCAGAAUAUAUUUGUUCAAUAUAAGUUUAAAAAGUGGCCUUAAUUUGUAGCUAGUACCAAAAGGUCAAACACUAAACUCUUAUGUUUAAAAUAUCAUGACCACCGUUGUGAACUACAUUCUGCACCAAUGACACUGUUUAUGUUUAAAAUGUAACUCGUUUGACCUUGCACGUACUGGCAACUUUGGAGUGUACCGUUUAAUUUUAUCAUAUCUAUUUAAAAAUAAAUAUAAAAUAUUUAAACAAAUUAAUUUUAACUUAGAAUUUUUAUCACGCAUAGAAUUUCUAAAUUCACUGCCCUUCGAAACAAUUAAGCCGUAUUUCAGCGCACUUGUGCAGUUAAAUCUCACAUGCCACUGCCAUUUUUUUCUUUUUAUACUUAAAAAAAAUAAUGUAAUUACAAACGUUUGAUAUUGUCUCAAGUAACACGUUAAUACUCUCUCGACUAUGUACCAUUGUAUGUAAUCCGUGUAGUUUGUUUAGAACGCUAAUAUUCUGGAUAAUAAACAAUAAAAUCGUUCUAAAACUAUAAACGGUGAUUAGAAUUUUUUGUACUUUUUGUUUUUAUAUAAUAUUUUAUACAUGUAUAUAAAUACGUAAAGUACAUUCUAUAGUUGCGCUUUUUUACGAAAUUUUGAUAUUAGCUAUAAAACUGAAUGUUUUAUAAAGUAAUAAAUUAAAAUUAUAAUAAUACUACUAUACCUACUACUACUACUACUACUACUACUAAUAAUAAUAAUAUUAUAGUACGUGAAAAAAAAUUUGUACUUUUGUAGAUCACGAUUAUAAUAUAACUACUUACUUUUGAGUGUAUAUUCUAUAUAGUGUGACGCAUUGUAUAAUAUAUUGUGUAGACAGUUUAGUCGAUUAUAAUUUUAGUAUAGUAUACAGUCGUUAACGUUUACCGAGUAUGAUAAUAUAUAGUCAUAUAGAGGUACAGCAAGAUGCUGUAACCGUGAUAAUGAAUAUCCACGAGAUGUUAAGUUCUUUAUGUUUGUAACUACAGUAUGAUAAUAGUGUUGUUAGAUGCAUAGUGAAUUACAACAAUGAUGGUAUUUUUUUUUUUGAUUUCCCAUUUUAUAAUUUUUUUUUCAAUUGGGUGCGCAUUAACUCCUCAAUGAGACUGACACGAUGAGAAUUAUGUUAAAGAUGGUUGAUAAUAUGUUAAAUAUCAUACGUGUUGAUUCGUUGCAGCGGUGAAUUAAAAACCGAUAUCCAUCAAUGAUAAUAGUUCGCAGGAAAAAACUAGUAAUAUAUUAUCAUGUAUUAUUUUUUUUUUCCCAAUUGCCUAUUGAAUUAUAUCAUAUUCUACGACAAAAUAAAAUGCUGUUUUUUCUACAUAUAUCCGCGUUGUCGCGUAUUAACGUUACACCAGAAAAUUUGUUUUGAUAUUAUGUAUAAUCAAAGACGAGAAAAUCUUAUAGAGCGCUCGUGCAAAAAAAAAUAUUGUAUACCUACUCGUACGGAACAUUUUGGAAUAUUAUAAUGCGGAAAAACAUUGUGCGACGAAAACUAUUAAUUAACACUAUCUGUCUAUCUAUAUUCUAUAUAUAUAUAUAUAAUUAUAUAAUGUAUAUAUUAUGUUUUAUUAGUACGGACGAGCUGUUGUUAAAAUGUACGCGAACGAACCUUGAACACAUUUUGUAAAAAAAGAAACAUAUAAUGAUAAAAAGAUAAAAAAAUAAAGGACUAUAUAAUAAU